GGCUCGGGAGGGAGACAAUGCGCGCCUCUGUUCCCCCAGCGAGCCUCCUCUUCCCAUUCUGCUCCAGAAUAACAAUAAUGUUUUCUCAGACAUGCCUUUUUUGUGUCAGGGAUGGCUCUGGACUGUGACAUCGAGCUGCAAUAACAAGGAGUGACAUUGUUUCUGCCUGGGCAGGUGGAGGCAGCGUGUGGUUGGUCUGAGGGGACCCUGAGCCGUUCUAGCUGCAGGUCUAUGGAAAUGCAGGAUCUAGCCAGUCCUCACAGCCGAGUAAGUGGAAGCAGUGAAUCUCCUAAUGGUCCCAACCUCGACAACUCACACAUCAAUAACAAUUCCAUGACACCCAAUGGCACUGAAGUUAAAACCGAGCCAAUGAGCAGCAGCGAAAUCAUCACCUCAGUAGCAGACACCUCUCUAGACAGCUUCUCAGGAUCAGCCAUUGGAACCAGUGGCUUCAGCCCAAGACAAACUCACCAGUUCUCUCCACAGAUUUACCCUUCCAACAGAACAUAUCCGCAUAUUCUUCCUACCCCUUCAUCCCAAAAUAUGGCUGCGUAUGGGCAGACGCAGUACACCACAGGAAUGCAGCAGGCCGCAGCUUAUGCUAGCUACCCCCAGCCUGGCCAGCCGUAUGGCAUCCCAGCUUAUGGCAUAAAGACGGAGGGGGGCCUGAGCCAGUCCCAGUCCCCUGGACAGACGGGCUUCCUCAGCUACGGCUCUGGCUUCACCACGCCGCAGACAGGGCAAGCCCCCUACAGCUACCAGAUGCAGGGUGGUACUUUUACAACAACUUCGGGAUUGUAUCCAGGAAACAACUCCCUGACAAACUCCACCGGCUUCAACAGCACACAACAGGAAUACUCGAGUUAUCCAGCCUUUGGCCAGGGCCAGUAUGCUCAGUAUUACAACAGUUCCCCCUACACUUCACCCUACAUGACAAGUAACAACACCAGUCCCAGCACCCCCUCCACCACCACCACCUAUACCCUCCAGGAGCCGCCCACUGGCAUCACUAGCCAGGCGCUCACGGACAACUCUGUUGGUAUCACCGACAACUCUGCAGGAGAGUACAGUACCAUCCACAGUCCAUCAACCCCCAUUAAAGAUUCAGAUUCGGAUCGAUUGCGCCGGGCCUCGGAUGGAAAGUCACGUGGCCGGGGGAGAAGGAACAACAACCCAUCACCGCCGCCCGACUCCGACCUUGAGCGAGUUUUCAUCUGGGACCUGGAUGAAACAAUCAUCGUUUUCCAUUCCUUGCUCACGGGUUCUUACGCCAACAGAUAUGGACGGGACCCACCGACCUCUGUAUCGUUAGGCCUGAGGAUGGAAGAAAUGAUCUUCAACUUGGCUGACACACACUUAUUCUUUAACGACUUAGAGGAAUGUGACCAGGUACAUAUUGACGAUGUGUCGUCCGACGACAACGGUCAGGAUCUAAGUACGUAUAACUUUGGCGCGGACGGUUUCCAUGCAGCGGCGACCAGUGCCAACCUGUGUCUGGCCACGGGCGUGCGCGGAGGCGUGGACUGGAUGAGAAAGCUGGCCUUCCGCUACAGACGCGUAAAAGAAAUCUACACCACCUACAAAAAUAACGUUGGAGGUCUGCUGGGCCCGGCCAAAAGGGAAGCCUGGUUGCAAUUGCGAGCAGAAAUUGAAGCCUUGACGGACUCCUGGUUAACACUGGCACUGAAAGCACUAACAUUAAUCCACUCAAGGUCAAACUGUGUGAAUAUCCUGGUGACCACCACGCAGCUCAUCCCCGCCCUGGCUAAGGUCCUGCUCUAUGGCUUGGGAAUCGUCUUUCCUAUCGAGAAUAUUUAUAGCGCAACCAAAAUAGGGAAGGAGAGCUGCUUCGAGAGGGUAAUUCAAAGGUUCGGGAGGAAAGUUGUUUACAUUGUCGUUGGAGACGGCGUGGAAGAGGAGCAAGGCUCGAAAAAGCACAACAUGCCCUUCUGGAGGAUCUCCAGCCAUUCAGACCUCAUGGCCCUCCACCACGCUCUCGACCUGGAGUACUUGUAGCACCACCACCACCACCACUGAACACCGUGCUCCACCUCACACCCCCGCCACCUUUCACCUUCGCCCUCCAGCCCCGUCAAACGCUUGCCGCAGACCCCACAGCCCAGAAAAACGAAAAGAAAAAAAAUACCCCCCCCCCCCCCUGCGCUGCCUGGCGUCCGUCUUCCACUU